AUGACCAGUCAGAAGAUAACAAGAAGUGAUAGGAGUGAAAUGAUCGCGUUAAGGAAAAUUGAAUAUUCACGCUAUCUCGACGAUCUGAGAGUGAUCAUGUAUUUUCAUGUGUUGGCAAAACAAUUGAACCUCGAAGAUAAGAAGGAUUAUAAUGCAACCACAAAUUUGUUGGCGAUUAUAAUCCUAGCACGAGGUCGGUGUGGACUCUCCUGUUGCAUCACCUACUACCUGGUGGCCAUAGCGGUGACUGAUUUCAGUGUCAUCAUCAAUGGGUGCAUCCUCAACCGGAUUGGCCGGAUUUAUUUUCGGGACAGUGUACUUUCCACCACCCUUGCAUGUACGCUCAGCACCAUGCUGAUUUUUACAAUACGGGAUAGCUCAGUCUGGUUGACGGUGGCCUUCACUUUCGACCGUUUUGUGGCCAUCUGUCACCACAGCCUGAAGAUCAGGUAUUGCACUCAUAGAACUGCAUCAGUGGUCAUCGGAAUCGUGUGUACCUUGAGCUGUAUCAAGAACACCCCUUUCUACUUCAUCUUUAGCCCAUUGUACACACUGAAUGGUGUGCCCUGGUUCUGCAUUAUCAAGUCAAUCUAUUAUAUUUCACCCGUUUGGCAGGCCUACGAUUGGCUGGACCAUAUCUUAGUUCCCUUUCUCCCAUUCCUCCUUAUUCUGCUACUCAAUGCCCUUACUAUAAGUAACAUAUUAGCAGCCAGCAGAGCCCGCAAAAGGAUCAGGGGCGCCGAGAAUCGAGGAGACCAGGAGACGUCCAAUCGUAAGAAGUCCAUUGUCCUCCUUUUUGCGAUCUCUGUCAGCUUCUUAUUUCUGUGGGCCACCUAUGUUGGGCGUUUCUUGUACGUGCAGAUUUCAGGUGAAGGCUACUUCGGUGGCCUGGACUUCAAUGACCCGCAGUAUAUCCUACAGGAGACGACUAUCAUGCUCCAAAUGCUAAAUUCCUGUAAUAAUGUCUUCAUCUACACAAUAGCCCAGAAUAAAUUCCGUGAAGAGCUAAAGAAUGUGCUGAUGUCUCCCUUCACUACUUUCAGCAGUUGCAUAAAAAGGUGA